CUGGGGACGUCAGCCAGUUGGGGCCUUGGGGAAACCCUGACUGCUGGUCUGCAGGGUGGGACCUGUUGGCUGGGGAGGGGCCUGGGGGAGAGCCGAAGGAAGGUGUGACCAGCCACAGAGCACUGACCUGGGCAUGAUGGCCUGGCUGGGGGCCUGUGGGUUGGGCCUGCAGAGCAAGUGAUAAGACAGAUGGGAAGACGGGUAGACUGGACAGACAGACAGGCAGUCACAGAGAGAGAGAAAGAAAGAUGGAAAGGCGGCAGGGGCCCACAGGUAGGAGCUGCCCCAGGCAUGCUCCAUGUAUAUUCCCUCCCCCAGCCUGGCUCCUCCCCCUGAAGAGCCCCGGCAGCCCCUCCGAAAGCCCCCAGGGCCAGAUCCCGACCUUGCUCCCUACAGGUAGGCUGCCUCCCCUGCUGGCCCCUGGGCUAAGGCCUCAGAGCCCAGACAUGGGGUCCACCCAGCCCAUCUGCCCCCCACAGCCUACUGUGGGGCAGCGACAGUGGUCACAAUCCAGGGGGCAUGACGUCGGCAGGUCAGGAGCACACCCAGGCACCCAGCCCUGCUCACUCUGUGUGGCGAGGGGCAAGCCGUCAGCCAGCAUGGGCCUCCGUCUCCUCGUGUGUACAGCAGGCAUUGCACUGUGCUGCUGGCGGGGGCCGGAUUCCACAAGCAGUACGGGGCAGAGCUGGGGACGGGUGUGCCGCUCUACAGCCCAGCACUUGCUCUGUUGCUGUGGUCGUUUGUCCAGUCGGGGCCUGGGGCUGCCCUGGAGGCUGAGCCCAAAUGGGGCAGCUAGCAUCUGGCCUCCUGCGCUCACUGGCCUGUAGGGAGUGUCCUCCAGCCUGGCCUGGGUCCUGGGUGGGUGGAGACCCCACCACCAAGUGACAUCCCUUCCCCACAGAUCUCGCAGCAUCCAGAGCCCCGGCAGGCCCUCAGCCAAAAUCAAGUGCUCAAGAGUUGAACGGCCAGCCUCAGGGGGUCAGUGCUAGAGCCCAGGGUGAGCCUGCCUGCCUCUGGUGGGACUCGCUCCCUGGACCCCACCCUCCUCCAGACCCUGGGGGUCACAGGCCUUACUGCCACACACCCUUCCCAGGCGGAGCUGAGCUGGCUCUCCUGGUGGCCAAGGGGUCCUUGGAGGCCCAUCCUGGGCCAGCUGGACGAGGACUCACUGGACAAUUUUCGGGGGAGAGGGGCUGUCACCACAGGCUCUGGGUGCCCUCCAGCUCUGGAUGCUGCAGUUGGACUCCCAUGGGGCCUGUCCAGGGGCUGAGGAGCGAUCCUCAGCUGGUCCCUCCAGCUGUCGGUCCCCCAGGGUCAGCACCUCUGCUUGUCUUCUGGGCUGGCUCAAUGGGCACGUGUGGCCCUUGAUGCAGGUGGCAGUCAUGCAAUGGCUGAACCCAUGCCGUGCAGGCUCAAGGCCCCAGAGUCCCCCUGGUCCUGCCAAGCAGGGGCACACGUGGUGAAAGCUGGGGCCAAGGGCCAGCUUGGGUACCUAGCCUGCCUCACGUCAGCUGGGGAAGAAGCAUCUGUGGGCACCUUCAUUGCCAGCCCUCCUGCAGCCGGACCUCCCCCUCUGCCUUGGAGACCUGCCCUGUGGAGCUGUCCCUGUCCUGGGCCCCAGGGGGCUGGGCACCAGGGCCACAUGUGUGGCAAGCACAGCUCUCUCAUUGAAACUGCCUGCAAAUGCUCCCCACCCCACAGUGCACACGUGUGGACCUGCAUGGGUGGCUCUGCUCCAGUACCCACAGAACAGAAACACGCCACUCAUGUCACUCAACCCAGGUGCCAUAGUGGGGCCACGUGUGCCUAAGAGCCCUGCAGGGAACACGUGCACCACACGUGCGUGCGGAUGUGUAUGCUCCCAGGUGCACACGGGCGUGCGUGUGUGCUCACCCACAGAUGCCAGCACACGCAUCAAGUGCAGGUGUGCACAUGUACAAACGCAGGUGCAACCCUCAGGGCAAGGUCAUGGCUGAGCCAGGCCCCCCAGGGGUGUGCGUGUGUGUGUGUGUGUGCUGGACAGCCGCCAAUCGUGAGCUAAGCCUCCUGCUCCCGUGGGGCUGAGGAGCAGGUGCCCGCUGUGCCUGGGGCCCCCAGGGGCUGACAAGGCAGCGUCAGCUGGUAUAGCCCCAGCCCCUCCCCUACGCGUCUGUCUGGCGGGCGAAGCUGCAGGAGUGGGUGGCCGGCAGGGCAAGGUGCUGAGUGAGGCAUGGAGAUGAGCGGAGACACUGGUGCCCCCACCCUGCCCCACCCCUGCACCCUGAGGCUCAGUUGCAGGGGCUGACGCAGAGCGGGCUAGGACCACUGGUGGCUGGAGUGCCUGGCACUACGUCUACAACGGCUUUGCAUCAAACAUCUGCUGCCUGGACCUGGAAGCAACCUCCCUCUAGGACAGACAGAGUUCUUAGUGCUCAGCUUGACCCGGCCCCACUGCUCGUGACCCCUCUGCCUUCCUGCCGGGACGACCAGUGGGCACCACACAGCCAUGGGCCCCAGAGCAGGUGCCCUGGUGAGCCCGGGUCUCACCCUCCUGGUGUCACUCACUGCCCACUGCUCUCACCCCCAGGCCGAGGGCACCUCUCAGGGAGGGCUGGAUGCCAGUAGGGCCAACCUGUGGGCCAGUGCCAACACCUCCCUCCUGCAAGGCUUCUGGUGCCAGCCAGCCAGCCAGCUGUCCCGGGACCAGCUUGCAGCUCUGAUCAGGAGGAUGGCGACGCAGCACGUCCUCCUCGGAGCCUGGCAGCUCAGCUGCCUGGCCAACCUGGUCUUCCAGCAAGGCCUCCAGGGCGACUUCGAGCUCCACCCCCCAGACCUGCUGCUCUUCUACGACCUGACGCAGGUGAGGGAAGCUGACUGCCGGGCCUUCAUCCGCCACGCCGCCCAGGGCGACACAGAGCUGCUGGCCAACCUGCCAGACCAGAGGGCUGCCCUGCGGCACAGGGCCCUGGCCUGCCUGGGAGGGCCACGCCCGAGCCUCAGCGCCUCCGAUCUACUGCUCCUUGGGGUCCUGGUGUGUGACAUGGACGCGUCCAGUAUCGUGGCUGCAGACCCCCAUGUGCUGCAGAACCUGCGGCGCUGUCCCCGGCUGACAGCCGCCCAGCAAGCUGCCCUCAACAGGCUGCUGGCCAGCAGCAGGACUGUGCUCGGGCCCCCUGGCUCCUGGAACCUGGAGGGGCUGCAGGCUCUGGGACCCCUGGCCACCUACAUCUGCCCUGGCCUGUGGAUGCAGGUUCAGGAGGGAGGAGGGAACAGGUGGCCCUGGUGGCCCUCCCCAGGGUGUGGACUCUCCAGGCCUGCCUGCCAGGCCGUGGGCCUGGACUUCUUCGGCAGCAUAGUGGCCGCGUGCCGGGCAGGGCAGCUCAGCCAGCGUGAUGCCAGGCGCUUCGUCACCGGCUUCCUCGAGGCCAAGGCCAAGUUGGUGUCCUCACGGCUCAAGCGGGACACAGGGAGACCCUGCAUCCGUGGCGACAUCACUGCGGCCAUGCUGCACGACAACCUCUUCCUGGUGCACUACGACUGCACUCAGCUCGAGUCCUGCCUGGGCAGCCGCGUGCUCAGGGCCAACCUAGACCCCCUGCUGCAGCACCCGCUGCCCGCCGAGUGCCAGCAAGUCAUCAAGGCCAAGCUGGCUCGGGUCUACCCAGGCGGCGUCCCCGAGGAGCAGCUGCGGCUCAUCCCCUCACUGGCCUACCUCUACUCCCGCAUGGAGAUUGGCCAGUGGCACAUCACAUCCAAGGACACAGUUGUGGCCCUGCUGGCCCCGGACGGGGCCCUGGAGAACCAGACCGAGGCCAUCCUGCAGAAGUUCCUGGACCACAAUGGCACAGUCACUGGUGCCCUGCUCGUGGCCAUUGGGGGCUCCCGCCUUUGUUGGAUGAGCCCCCGGCAGAUCCAGGCCAUCCAGCCCUCAGAGUUCCGGCUAGCCGGGGCCCUGGACAUCUCCUCCUGCCCGCAGAGCCGCAAGAACGUGCUCUACGACAAGGCCCGAGAGGCCUUUGUCAGCGUCAGGACCACGGACGCCUACUAUCGCUUCAUGCGCCCCUACCUCGGCGGCGCCCCAGUGGAGGAGCUGCGGCACCUGGCCCAGGCUAACGUCUCCAUGGACAUCGAUACUUUCACCAACCUGAACCCCCGAGUGCUGCAGAGCCUGAGCGUGGGCCACGUGACAACGCUGCUGGGCCAGAACGUGGGGGACCUGCAGAAGGCUCGCAGCCACCCCACCAUCAGCUCCUGGCUCCGCAGCCUUAACCGGUCGGCCCUGGGCGAGCUAGGCCUGGACACGGACCCCACCGGUCCCACCGGCCCCGCCCACUUGACCACUGGGACCCCCAGCACAACCCCCUGGACGCCACAUCUAGCCCCCACCUCAGACCAGCCUGGGAGCGCAGCCCCCAGCUCGGGCAGCCCACCAGCUCACCUGAGGUACUGGCCACUUGCUGUGGCCCUGCCCUUGGGCCUCCUGUGUCUGCUGCUGUAUUGGGGCACCCCGGGGCCCAGCUGGGACCACUCACGGGGCACCUGCACCAUGGCCUCCAAAGACAGUGCUACCCCAGCACCACAUGCAGGAAAACCGGGGCUGGUAGGUGGAGCUGGAUGCCUGCCUAGACUGAGAUGCAGGCCCUGGGCCCAGGGGAUCCGGCCACUUCCCACAUCCUAGGGGCCUGCAGGGCAGUCCCUGCCCACACCCAGCUCCCAGGACCUGGAGCCAGACUGCGGACCUGGGUCUGGGCUCACUGCCCCAGCCAGUGGGGGAGACGCUGCCCCUGCCCUCUGGCUUCUUCCAGGUGAAGAGCUGCAGCUGGGGAAGGGUUUUCCUGGACUGACUUCACCGAUUGACUUGAAUAAAG